GAUGCUGCCCCUGCUGCUCUCUGCUGCCAUUUCAUCAGCUCCAAACAAUCAGCAAACACAGACUGGACCCCCCUCCUCCUCCUCAUCCUGACAGCCUGCCCCCUCCCUCAGCAAACUGAGACCUGGGGCUCCGUCUGGUCCUGCGCGUAAAGGAAAGGAAGCUGCACCUGCUGUGGAUGCGCUGCGCUCCGGGCUGUCCAGCGGGGCCUGACCGUGAGAAAGCGCCAGAUCCGGGCUCCAGGGGCCUGCUGUAGCCGAACCAGCCGGCCUCUUUACUGAGCAUCGAUCCAGUCAGACCCGUCGGUGCCAUGGGGCUCUCAUCGGCCUGGAUCUGAACAACCAGGGGAGGAGGAGCAGAAACUCCGGCCUAAAGGGGACACAUUUCAUCCUGCAACUCGCGCUGACGCACGCGCCCGCCGCGCGCUCCCCCCUCAGCAGUCCUCAGCAGCGCGCGGAGCGACGCAGCCAUGGAGGCCAUAUGGCUCUACCAGUUCCGCCUCAUCGUCAUCGGGGACUCCACGGUGGGCAAGUCGUGUCUCAUCCGGCGGUUCACGGAGGGUCGCUUCGCCCAGGUGUCCGACCCCACCGUGGGCGUGGAUUUCUUCUCCCGGCUGGUGGAGAUCGAGCCCGGGAAGCGGAUCAAGCUGCAGAUCUGGGACACCGCGGGUCAGGAGCGCUUCAGGUCUAUUACCAGAGCCUACUACCGUAACUCUGUGGGCGGGCUCCUCCUCUUUGACAUCACCAACCGGCGCUCCUUCCAGAACGUCCACGACUGGCUGGAAGAGGCCCGCAGCCACGUCCAGCCGCACAGUAUCGUGUUCCUGCUGGUGGGCCACAAGUGUGACCUGGAGGCACAGCGCCAGGUGACUCAGCAGGAAGCGGAGAAGCUUGCCGGGGCCUACGGGAUGCGCUACAUUGAGACUUCUGCCCGUGACGCCAUCAACGUGGAGCACGCCUUCACCGAGCUGACCAGGGAGAUCUUCGCCUUGGUUCGGUCCGGGGACAUCACCAUCCAGGAGGGCUGGGAGGGCGUGAAGAGCGGCUUCGUUCCCAACGUGGUACAUUCGUCGGAGGAGGUGACCAAGAGUGACCGCCGCUGCCUCUGUUGAUCUGGGAAGAGUGUUGAUGAUGGGAAUGACGGUCCGAAAAGGAGUGGAUGCCAAGCGGAAUAUGGCCGACAGACUGCGGAGUCAUCCCUCCGAACAGAACAGUUCAGAACGCUGCGGGUGUUCUUCCUUCAGACUGGAAUCAGACAGACGGGGGGAGAAAUCCAGUGCAGAUGCUGGUCGUUGGGGUGGAUGAACAUCAUAAUCAUGGAUGGAGGACUCAAAGGGGUGGAUCCAUUUCUGUACAUGUUUUGUUUCUCAGAAGGAAAGGCUCAAAGUUAUUUUUGGUGGCUCCUUUGAUGGAACUGCUUUCCCAGAAAGUCUCGCUAAGGCCUUAGAAAACCAGAUCCUCUGUUUCGUUUUAAUUUCUCCCAUUAUCACUCCUUCCAUUAAACAACUCUUAAUAUGCAAUUUAUAAUCACAUUAAAGUAAUCCCAUCUUUAUUUGGCCAUUUCUUAAAAAAA